AUGACAUUUCAGUCUCAGAAAUUUAACCGGAGCAAAGAUCCUUUCUCUGUGCAGCCAUUACCAAAGUCAUUUUAUCACCCAAGUCCAACCAAAGAAGUAAACGAAAGAGAGGUCAUCAGAAGCCCACAGAGACACAGUACGCCAACUACAAAAUGUGCCGAAGUGGAAGAGUUCCUCAGACAAAACCCCACCUUCCACACUUCUGCCCUACCAAAAGUUAGGACAUUGCAUGACCUUGAAAAACCAGGACCAAGUCUACUAAAACAAAAGGAUGUAACUGACAGCAGCGAGUUGGAUGAAAUCUGGCUAGAUACUGAGAGGCUAAAUUCUUUCAGCACCACUUCAGUCCCAGAAGAAACCGAACCAGAAAGUCCAUAUGUAAAUGAUGAUGGGGUGAAAGGUCUUGGGAAGCUCAAAUAUCAGAGUGGCUGCGUGGAUGGGAUGGACAGUAAAAUCUCUGACAAAACAUCUGAUGUGGACAGAGAAGAAUCAGUGCUUCAGAGGUAUGUAGAGAGGUUCCGCAACUCUGCCCCCAAAUCCAGGGAAGAACGAAUGAAAGAGAAAAGUGAUAAGCUUCACUUCUGGUGGCUGCAGUCCUCAUCUGACAGGGGGAACAACUCAGUGGAUGAUGACAGCAAGGGAAAUAACCUAAGACUACAUCCACAUUUAACUGAGGCCAGACCUCAGUCCCAGAAACUAACCAAGGAUGCUCUGCUCGCUAUGGAUGAGGAAACAUUUCACCUGCAAAGUAAAGCUGAUCGACUUCUUUCGAAGAGUGAGCUUAGUUUGACUUCAUCAAGUCCAAUUGUAAGUACAGAAGGCUUGGGUUCGUCCACUUCUGUUAGCAGCUGCAGUGUGUCUGACGGUCAUCUACCUUACCAGCCUGCUUAUUUUCGGGCACAAGCAAGACUGUUCACCAACACAGAGGACAAGUCAAGGUCGUUGCACACAGCCUCCAGGUCACCAGCUGAUGAUAUCCUGACACGGUGGAGGCUGCAGCGGAAGGUGGAGGAGGCCAGCGCUGCUGUGUCUGGUGGACAGUGUGGAAAGUUGACCAGUACCAAGCCUUCAAGGAACACAGAGCUUGAUGUACGACUGGAGGAGUUCAGAAGAAAAAUACUCUCCCAGAAGGCAUUAGUGACACAACAGGAUAUCCUUUUUGAGAGACAGAAGCUGUCUUUGUUGAUGGAUGAUGUCAAGCAAAAUGAGGGCACACCAAACCGAGGCACUCCGCAAGCAGACAAUGGAGCUGACGGUGAAGAACCAGUGAGGGAUGUAAUUCUGGAGAAGCUACAGAGAAUUACCCGUAGCCAAGACUACAGACCAGCUGAGACAGAGGCAUCUUCCAGAAAAAUCAAUCAAAUAAUGACAGUCUCAACCUUUGCUGUUUCUACUAGAGAUCGAGAUUUCAGCAUUAAUAAUGCUAACUUUGUUAAUUCAAAAUAUGGCAGAAAUGUUGAGCUUUCUGUAGCGGAUCCAGCAUUAAACAGAAAUAAUACAGCUUUGUUCAGUCAAAAUGUUCGGCAGGAUUGCAACGUGAAUGAUGACGGUCAGCCUGAGGUUGUUGUUGACAGUUUUGGGUCACAGGUAGUUUUUGAUCCAAAUGAAAAACACUUUUUGCUGGAAAAUUCUGGGACUGAAUCAAAGAAAAGCAGCAUUCAGAGUUUGAAUGCUGAUGACACUAAAGAGCUAAAAAGUUAUGAAAAGAAGGUUUAUGCAGAAGAGUUUUGUCAGAAAGAGGCGAUAUUCACUGGUAAUUUUCACAAUGAAGAAAGGGCUACUAGAAAUGUAAAGUAUAAUAAAGAUACAAGAAGCAAUCACACUGAUUCUUCAGAAGCAUGUCAACAGAUUAACGAAAAAAUGAGCGAGAAUUUGUAUCAGUAUUUAGAGGCAGAGAAGCCAAUAUCAGAAUCAAGGUUACAUGUUCAAAAAGGUAAUAAGACAGGUAAAGUGAUAAUGAGUGAUGAUUCACCCCUCCAUGCAGAGGAAGAACAACAACAAAAUUCAACAUUACAGAAAAUGGCAAAUAGUAUCAAACAGACUGAUCAGAGGGAAGAAGUUUUUGAAGGAAGAGAAUGUGCUAGAGAGCAGAAGAAAAGAAAAGGAAGACAUAAGCAUCAGGUCAAGAAAGGAAGGGAUAAAGAUAAUGGAGAUGUGAAUGAAAGGGAUGUAUUAGUAGAUAUUACAAAUGAAAGAAAUGAGGGAUCCUCUGAUAUUUUCACUGUCAAAGGGCACCCAGGAAAUUUGAUAUCCUAUGAGAAUAAAGAAGGAAACGAUUCCUUCGGGAGACUUGACAAAAAGUCAAGACCUGUUAUGAACUCGACAGCUUCGCCCAGGAGAUACUGUGUCAGCCAGAGACCUUCACCGCUAGCUCAUCAGCCAGUUCAGCAUGCUAUAGGCCAGGCCAUUGCAGAUCAUUUUUUUGACGGCUCAGCACUGGCAUCUAGUGUGGACAGUUGGGCAUCUGCAUUUCCACAAUCUCCAGUCCUCUCACAUUCCAUCAAUGGAUCAGAUUAUUCAGAGGCAUCACCGGCUCCAUCACAAAGGGACAGUACUCCUUUAGAAAGUACUCCACAACUGCAUGGUACUUCUGAUCAACAAGCAAGUAGUGAUGAUGAAUAUACUUCAGACGCAGAGUUCCAAGAGGAUCCACUCCUUAAGAUACUGAGGCAUCAGAGAGACCAUUAUCUACAUCAGUUAACGCUCAUUGAGAAGAAACUGCAAGAUAUGGAGAUCUGA